AUGCCUCUUCCGAAGCGGGUCAUAGAGCCCAUUCACAUAACGAGAGGCACUCUACCAGAGGAUUACCCAUUGCCUUCGGAACUAGAAGGAGUUACCAAUGGAUCUCUGGCUAAUACCGUGAGACAGCUGUCUUCUUUGUCAAGGCAUGCAGAAGAUCUCUUCGGAGAACUAGCAAGGGAUGCGCAGCAACUCUACGACCGAUCGAAUUCCCUGCAGGCCAGGAUCGAUAGGUUGGCUAUCAAGGUCACUCAGCUGGACAGUACCGUAGAAGAAGUGUCACUUCAAGACAUCCACACGAGGAAGGCUUUCAAGAGCAGCGUUGUCUUUGAUCAACAGAUCUUCUCGCGCGCCACCAUGCCCACCGCCAUGCUCGAGACGUACACCACGUGCGACCGGCCGCCGCCCCUUGACAAGCUCAACUGCUACCGCGACGACGGCAAAGACGGCCUCAAGUUCUACACCGACCCCAACUACUUCUUCGAGCUGUGGCGGCAGGAGAUGCUCAACGACACGGAGCGCAUGAUGCACGACAGGGGCAAGAAGCCGCACCGACCACGCGGAGGCGGGGGAGGCGGGUCGGUAGUGGAUGGCGGGCAGGUUAACAGGCACAAGAAGCGGGUGCGGCAGCCGCACAGUACGCGGGAGAGGCAGAAGCAGAUCGCUAGGGAGCACGGGGAGCACAUCAUGCCGCAGAACACUAUAUACAGGACCCCACAACAAUUGCAACAACAAUCCCAAAUGCAGCCGCACCUCCCGCCCGAAGACCUCGCCAUGAUCCCGCACCAGCAAAUCCUGCCGCGCCCGCCGCGACCCAACUCGAUCGAAAUCCGCCGCUCCUAUCAGCAAGAAGUCACCGACGGCAUACCAUCAUCACCGACCUACGACGAGAACCCCUACCAGCACGGCAUGUACGGCCAAGGCCCGCUCAGUUCCGAAUCCCUGUACGCGGGCGGAACCCCAACGCGGGGUGGCAAGAUCCGCCCCAGCCAACCGCCUCCCGCACCGCCCAGCAACAACAGCACUCCCUCAUCGAACACGCCCACCAGGAAUAGAGGUGCGUCCGCCGGCAGGGACAACCUCCCGCCGCCGCCGCCCCCACCCGAAGCCACCAUGUCUCCGCCUCCUUCCAACGGCAUUCUAGCGCGUGUGGCUAACGACAGUCCGCAUUCGCGCACAGCCACGCCCGAACCCUCCGAGCACCUACCGCCGCCGCCUCCCGUCAAGCAGGCGUCCCCGCCUCCAGUAGUCGCUGCUCCGCCCCCGCCUCCGCCGCCGCCACCGAUGCCGGCCAUGCCCAACGGCGAUCUCGUCAAGAUGCUGGAAUCGUCGCUGCCCAAGCUGACGCCCGUAAAGGACCGCCCGAUGGCGAAGCCGCCCGCGGUCGACCCGCGCAACGACCUUCUCAAGGCCAUCCGCGACGGCAUCAAGCUGAGGAAGGUGGAGAAGAUCGAGCAGAAGGAGGUGGAGAGGGGAGGUAACGGGCUGCACGACGUGGCGAGCAUCCUGGCGCGAAGAGUCGCCGUGGAGUUUAGCGAUUCGGAUUCGGGCAGCGAGUCGGAGGACAGCGAGGGGUGGGGGGAGAACGAGACGUCGGCGUGACAGGGGCGAAAGGCUAG